UGUCCAGGCGGCUGCCGGGCCGGGAGCGGUGCUGGGGAGCCGGUGGAGGCCGGGAAGCUGUGCCGGCGGUGCCGUCGGGGCGUGCGGCCGGUGGUCGGGGACGCGCGGCGCUGCCGGUCCGGCUCUCCGCGCUCACCGGGGUCCGGGCGAGCCCCGAGCGCCUCGGACCAAUCCCGAGCGAUUAUGCAAGACGGCGGACCAAUCAGCUCCGCCAGCUCAUGAAUAUUCAUAGGCUUGGCUGAGUCAAAGCUUUUAGGCGAGUUUGUGUAGAUCUACAGCAUCAUGCUUAGACUUUUCAAAGAGACAAACUCCAUUUUCUUAUGAAUGGAAAGUGAAAAACCCUGUUCCGCUUAAAUUGGGUUCUUUCCUGUCCUGAGAAACACAACAGACCCCAAAAAGGCAAGCUGAAGAGAGAACACACACACAGACCAAGCGACAAGAAAUGACCAUGACUACCAUGCCAGAGAGUCUAAAUAGCCCCGUCUCAGGGAAGGCUGUCUUUAUGGAGUUUGGGCCGCCCAGCCAGCAAAUGUCUCCUUCUCCCAUGUCCCACGGACACUAUUCCAUGCACUGUUUACACUCCGCGGGCCACUCUCAGCCCGACAGCUCGUACAGCACAGCUUCGUCCUUCUCCCGACCGCUGGGCUACCCCUAUGUGAACUCGGUCAGCAGCCACUCGACCAACCCCUACAUCAGUUCAGUGCAGUCCUACCCCAACAGCUCCAGCCUGACUCAGACCCGGUUAGAGGAGACAGGGGCCGAAUCGGAGAAAAGCACUGUGGUAGAAGGAGGGGAAGUUCGCUUUAAUGGGAAAGGGAAAAAAAUCCGCAAACCCAGGACUAUUUAUUCCAGUUUGCAGCUGCAGGCUUUGAACAGGAGGUUCCAGCAAACCCAGUACCUGGCUCUCCCCGAAAGAGCCGAGCUCGCAGCAUCUCUGGGACUCACCCAGACCCAGGUGAAGAUUUGGUUUCAGAACAAGCGCUCCAAAUUCAAGAAGCUGAUGAAGCAAGGAGGGGCCGCCCUGGAGAGCAGCGCCUUGACCAACGGCAGGGCUCUCUCCGGUAGCUCGCCACCGGUGCCCCCGGUGUGGAAUACCACCUCCGCCUCCGGUAAGGCCUCGUCGGGGACCCCGGGCACCUACAUCCCCAGCUACACGUCGUGGUAUCCUUCGGCCCACCAAGAAGCUAUGCAGCAGCCGCAGCUGAUGUGAUUAUAAACCCGUUUUCCCCUACCGCAAGCACUAUCGGUCCCGAAAAGAAUUAAAAUUAUUACGGAAAAAAAAAAAGAAAUUGAGUAAAACAAAAGGAAAGGGGAAAAAAAGAAAAAAAAAAAAAGAAGGGGAAAGAGAGAGAGGGGAAAAAAAAACAAACACAAAAGAAACCCAAGCAAACAAACAAACAGGAGGUCUCUUGCCCAUCCAGCCAUUAGGACGCUGCGCUGCCGCUCGGUGCCGGAGAGCACAGAUGUGAUGCGGGGCCGGUUCCCGGCGCCGACAGCUGACGGAGCGGCCCCGAGCACCGCACAACAGCCUGGGAGCAGAGCGAGCACCGGCCGCGGCUUUGUGGGACAAUCAGAAAAAGAUGUUUUUGUAGGGGGGCGGGGGGGGGGGGGGGGGGAGGGAGGGAAGCCCUCUCCUCUGUCCUGUCUGUCUGUCUGUGUCUGUUGAAAUGUAGGUCAUUUAUUUACCACCCCCGAUCUCACGGUCUCUUCAAUUGCAAGGGGGAAGGAAGCUGUGCGAUUUCCAGAGCUUCUUUCCCUCGACGUUUUCUGUACCUUUCGCUACCCAUCCGUAUAUUUUUUUGUUGUUGUUGUUAAAAGGGGAAGACAGGGGUUUUAUUUAUUGACUUAAAUUACCACUAUGAGAGUGCUAGAAACAAACGGACAAUCCGGCUCGCUGAGUGCACCGCUCGGACGCAGUUUUACUUUAAAGAAAACCACACACGGUCCCUCGUCCCCAAGCCCCCCCCCUUCCCCUCUUCCCCCCC